UAUUUGUUUAUUUUUUUGCCAAUAAUACUCAUCAAAAUGUAUAGGAGUAUUAAAUUAUAUAAUUUAAUAUUAUUAUUCGAAAAAUCAUCAAGUUGAAUUUACUGUGUGGGAUCCCUUGCAGUAAUUCAAAAGCAAAACGGAAAUGCGAUAACACUUAUCUAAAAUGUGGACAUUGAGAUUCAACAAGUAAAGCUGUCUGAAUUCGGAAACGAAAUUAGUUUUAGUUAGUUUGCUGUACACAACCUACAAUUUUAAAAAUGAAAUUUUGCUUCAGUACAUUAUUCUCGUUAAUUUUCUUUACAAAGGAAACUCUCCAGUCUUGUGUUCUAAUAAACACGGCCAUACCUAUUCGUACCUGGCAAUACCGUAUGCAUACCAUAAAAUCAGACAACAGUAUUCAAUGUCUCAAUGAAACCAUUUCUUCCAAUUUUGGUGCAAAAGUGAAACCGCUUGCUGACAAAUGGUUGCCGAAGUGGUUACAAAUCAGCGAUACCAAAAGUCCUGCAAUACCCGCAGGAGCUUUCAGCUUUCUUUCAACUCUGCCAGAUUUACGAAUUAACAACGCAAGUGUUCAAAUAAUACAACCAGGAGCUUUUAAUGGGUUAACACAUUUAUUAAAACUUUCAUUAAAGUACAACAGAAUUACGAAUGUUAAGGAAAAUUAUUUUGCAAACUUAUCGAUGUUGGAAGACUUGGAUUUAAGUUUUAAUAACAUUGCAAGUGUAAAUAGCAAAAGUUUUGUCGGUUUAAAAAGACUGCGUGUGCUCUCAUUGCAAAAUAAUAUUCUUACUGAAUUGCCACCUGACUUGUUCAAAGACCAGAUUGAGUCAUUGUAUCUUUUAGAUUUGUCGUUUAAUAAGUUAGUAACAAUCAACAGUGAGUUAGUUUCAAAUAUUAAAACCCUGGAUAGCAUUUAUUUAAAUAAUAACAACUUGAAGAGUUUGAACGGAUAUGUAUUUAACAAUACAAAAGGUUUAAAAAACAUUUACAUUAGCAAUAAUAAUCUACAAGCUUUGAAUAAUCUAACCUUACCAUCUACAAUCACACUUUUAAAUGCAAGUUUUAAUUUAAUCAAAUCGAUGAGUUUUUUGGACCACGCUGUUAUUGAUUUAUUAGAUAUGAGUUCAAAUGGAAUCACUUCUUUGAAAAAUUUAGUAUUUGAGAAUGCAACGAUUAAACAAUUAAAUUUAGACCAGAACUACUUAGGUAUUCAUCGUGGUGAUAAUCAGUCUGACUUUUUCAGAAGUCUUUUAGCAAUAGAAACUCUCUCUCUUAGUAACAAUAACUUGCAACAAUUAAAUCGUAAUGUUUUCACACAUAAUAAAGUUUUAAAUAAACUGAAUCUUACAGGGAAUUAUUUAGAUAAUGGCGAUUUUUUGAAUGUUCUUACCAAAUUGGAAUAUUUGAAUCUCAGUUUCAACAACUUUGACUCAAAUAUAAAUUUAACCGUUUUAUCCAAUCUAAAAGAGUUAGAUAUUAGUUUCAACAACUUGCACCAAAUUCCGUUUAAUUUUUUAGCGGGACUAAAAUUUUUACAAAAUCUAAAUUUGAGUAAUAAUAAAAUAGCAAAAGUAACUUUAGGUUGUUUCAGGGAUUUGCAACGUUUAAGAAUAAUUGAUCUAUCAAAUAAUCAAAUUUCAUCAUUGGAUGUUGGUGUUUUUGUGGGAUUGUUUGGGUUAACAGAAUUAAAUCUAUCGAAUAAUGAAUUAAUGCAAUUAAACGGUGAAGUUUUUCACAAUAUGAGAUUUUUGCGUGUCCUCAAUUUAAGAAAAACUAAAAUUAAUUACACGAUUGUCGAAAAUAUACUAUCGCAGUCUCUCUCACUUAGGAACUUAGAUUUAGCCGAAAACAAUUGGUCUUGCUCUCUUUUAACAAAACUUAUAAACAAACAUCGCAUGUUAAAACUUACCGAUGCAGGUGAUUAUAACAUAACUAAUAUAGAUGGUGUUGCUUGUAACAAUGAAGAUGAAGAUUUGACCGAUUUAGUUAACUUGGAAACGAGAAACUUUACUACUUUUAAUGUAAAGUUAAGUACCAUGAAUACUUUAUUAAUUUUUAUAUUAAUUGUGUUAUUAACACAAUUGGCAAUUACUGCAUUAAUUUGCAAAAAAAAUAAGAUCAAGAUCGGCAAGAGACAAAAGAGUGAACAGGAAAUACAGCUCGUUUCCGAUUGCUAAGAUUUCUAUGUACAAUUAAAAAAAUAAAUUUUGCAAAGUUACAGUUCUUGUAUGCUUUUUUACUUUCCUAAAGUCAAGAAUUAAAUGCCUUUUCCUGAAACUAUGAUCACAUUACCACCUCUUUUAU